AUGUUUUCCAGGCCAUUUACAAUCUUUCUUGGACUCUUUUGUUUAAAUCCGUUGGGAAAAGAUUAUCCAAGUAACUGUAAAAAUUUCUAUGGAAUAAAUACAUGGUCAUUAGCACAUGUUUGUUUAAAUGAUUCAAAUGAAUCUUUACCAAAAUAUUAUAUUCGGAAUCAGUCUCGAGCAACUAUUAGUAUGUCAGACGAACAAGAACAUCAGAUUGCUUUAGACGACUUAACCAAAAUGUGUGAAGGUACCGAUAAUAGGCAACCAUAUUGGUUUCACGCAACCAGUUGGGCCAAUGCACUAAAUAUCAUUGAAACAGGUCCACAAAUGGGUGAUAAACCAUCUGAUUAUUCAUCACAUGGAGCAUUUUAUCUCAAUCCCUGUUAUGAUGAUUGUUACGAUUGGUUUAGUACUCGUAAUUCUGUUUUUAAAGGACAUCACGCAAUGAUGAUGUAUAAAUUUAAUCCAGAAGAACUUAGUAAAAAGGGAGAAACACCUGAUAAAAACCAAUGGAAAAAAAACGUCAAAGAACUUAAAGAAUCAUCAUCUGAAAAAAAUGUCAAAAAACGUAAAGCAACAUCAUCUAAAAAUAAUCAUGAUUGGUCUUUUGUUCCUCAAGAUGCUAAUCCUGAUAAUUUUAGUAAACAUGAUGAAACCAGAGAUCGGAAAACCAGUCAAGGAAAACCGGCAAUGCAGUUGGUUAUACAUACUGAAUCUAUGUGUAAAAAAAUACAUUAUCAUUUAGUUGCUUGUGUCUUUUAUCAAAAUAUUUCAUCUAACAAAUCACAAGAUAAAUAUCAAUACACAGCACAAGAUUUUUUAAAGAAAUCGUCAGCUUUACUAACAUCUUCUCCCAAUAAUACUUUAUCAAAUACUCAACAAAAUCAAAAGCGACAAAAGAAGAAUGAUCUAAAUGAAAACCAUCCGAAGAAAAAAUUUCGUCCACACAAAUAG